CUGAGCUCCGACUACGACUACGACGAAGACGACGCCGCCCACGAUGAACAUUAAGAAGCAGAAGCAGCGCAAGGUGCUGCUCAUGGGCAAGAGCGGCGCCGGCAAGUCGUCGAUGCGCUCCAUCGUCUUCAGCAACUAUGUCGCCAAGGACGUCCGCCGCCUGGGAGCAACCAUCGACGUCGAGCACAGCAACAUCAAGUUCAUGGGCAACCUUAUGCUCAACCUAUGGGACUGCGGAGGCCAGGACGGCUUCGUCGAGAACUACCUCACGCACCAGCGCCACCACAUAUUCACCUCGGUCGCCGUCCUGAUCUUCGUCUUCGACAUCGAGUCGCGCGACUUUGCAUCCGACGUGCUGUCGUACCAGAACAUCAUCCAGGCCCUGCAUGAGUCGUCACCCAAUGCCAAGAUUUUCUGCCUCAUCCACAAGAUGGACCUCGUCCAGGCGCGCCUGCGCCUGUCGCUCUUCGAGGAGCGCGCCGACUACAUCCGCCAGGCCAGCAUGCAGUUUGGCUUCGGUGACACGGUCGAAUUCUUCGCCACGAGCAUCUGGGACCAGAGUCUGUACAAAGCGUGGACGCAGAUCAUAUAUUACUUGAUUCCGAAUGCGGGCGUCAUCGAGGCGCUUCUGCGGCAGUUGGCCGAGGUCAUUGACGCAAGAGAGCUGAUACUAUAUGAGCGGACGACGUGUUUAAUGGUCACGCACGUCACGCGCGGCACUGAGAGCAGCAACCCAUUCACGGACCGCUUUGAACGCAUUUCCAGCAUUCUCAAGACGCACAAGCAGUCAAUGGCCGGAAGCAAACAUACGUCCCUCCCCCCAUCUCACGCCAACUUUGCGGAAAUGCAGAUCAAGACGGGCCGCUUCAUGUUCUUCAUCACGCGGCUGACAGAGAACACCAACCUGGCGGCCUCGAUCCCGCCGUCGGAGCAAGUCUUCAACGCCGCGCGCGUCAACAUCAGCCUUGCGCGGGCUCGCUUCGCCGAACUCGACGUCAUGACGGGCAAGCAUCGGACGGGCAUGCAGCAGCAGUUCGUCAACAACAGCCUGGACGAGGGCCGCGCGGACGCCGGCGACAGGGGCCCAGCGGCGGAAGGCGGGGCCGCGGCAGCGGGCGGCGGCACUGGCAUGAGCGCCAUGGCCAGCAUGGGGCCCUAUGCUGGGUGA